AUGGGGUCGACCGCGUUGGAGACGAAGCUAACACAGCUAACUAUGGCAACGAAAAGAACUGCUAACAUUUUGGAUGCAGGUAAGAUCGAGCCGAUUAAAACGCACCUCGAAACGCUGCAAACAAUUGUGCGAGAAACAAACCAAAGUAAACGCACUGCAGAGGCAGAAAAAAUUGACCAGAAAGAGGACAUUUCCGACAUUAAGGCAUGGAAUGACGAAAUUGAAAAGCAACUCGAAACGGACGACAAUGAGGUCAAACGUCUUCAGGAUUGGCUUGAUGAAAAGGAACAUACACAAAAGUUUGCAGCGCAAGAGGAACAAUUUCAGUUUGAGAUUAAAUUGCAUGAGAAAAAACUACAAAUGCAAACCGAGCUUGCUAACAUGUCUAAAAAUACACCGGAAACGAAGGAAUGCGGGGCAUCUUUUUCCCAAACAGCAAAACUCCCGAAGUUAGUCAUCUCUAAGUUCGAGGGGUCGCACAUGGAUUGGCCCAGAUUUUGGGGCCAGUUUACUGAGGCAGUUGACAAGAGCUCUAUUCCAACAAUCACUAAAUUUACCUAUCUAUGUGAAUUGCUCGGCCCCAGGGUAAAACGAUGUGUAGAAGCCUUGCCCUUUACUCCGGAGGGUUACAACCGCGCAAAAGCAGUGCUAAAAGACAAAUACGGGAAGGAAUCCGAGAUCAUUCAGUGUUACGUUAAAGAAAUUAUCGACCUUCCCCACAUAACGAGUUCAAACACGAGAAAAAUAGCGGAAUUUAGUGAGAAA